AUGGCUUCACGAUUUCCACGCCAGCGGGACCCCCGCGCCUCCUCGUCGCUGUUUGACUCAUACGGCAGCGGAGAGUCUCGCCCAGCCAGCAGGUCGCCUGGUCCGGCAGGCGGAUAUGGAUACGGAGGGUACGCUGGGCCAUCGGCCAAUGCCUAUCCUAAUGGCAAUGCCGGCGUGAACUUUCGAAGUGCAACACCCGAUAAGAAGGGCCACUACUCCGACGCGGUGCUGUCCUCGCUCGAAUCCCAGAAUGACGCUGAGGUGGAGGGUAUAACUGCCAAAGUGAAGAUGCUGAAGGAUGUAAGAAUGCUCCCCACAAGUCGUAUCCAAAAAUGCACCGACCGGACCCAAACAAGGAUGAACGAGAACAAGAACAAACAGAACCGUUCGGAACGGCAGACGCUGACACCACAUUCCCAGAUGACGAUAGCCAUUGGUGACGAAAUCCGCGACACCACAUACCUCAACACCCUCGAGAACUCUUUCGAGAGCACGCGCGUGCGGCUCCAAGGGAACAUGAAGCGCAUGCUCCGCAUGGCAGAACGGACUGGCGUCGGAUGGAAAGUGUGGCUCGGGUUCUUCGCCGCUGUCUUCUUCCUCUUUUUCUACGUGUGGAUCUUCUAA